AAUACUCAAGUACAUGUGAUUAAUCGAUCAUGCUUCCACCGCACGAGCGCAUACAUACAUAACAUAAAUAAAAUUUCUCUCUCUUUUGCUUACUUCACUCACAGUUUCGCCGCCGGGAUAAAUCCGUUCAAUCGGCGUUUGCCACCUGCCAUUGUUACAAGCAAUGCAUUAUAUCGUUAAUGGCGUAGCGCAUUGAGAAGAGAGAGAGAGAGCAGGGAAACAAUGAUUUCCCAGGUGGAGAGAGAUCUGUCGAUUCAAAAUCGGCUUCCGGGAAGCGAUCACACUACUCCUUCUCCGCCAACAUCUCCUCAUCUCUGCCGGAGCCGGUCGAAAUCCUCCUCUGUCUCCGGGCAACAGCAAAGUCGGAACGUCGCUCACCGUCUCUCAUGGAUCAUUUUAUCUGUUCUUCUCCGGCGUCAGGGAAUUCUCCUUUUCGCUCCUAUCAUCUACAUCUCCUGUAUGCUUUUUCACCUACACGCGGCGUCGUUUGAUGCCUCUCCCAUUAUCCACCGCCGUCCUGCUCCGGGAUCCGUCUACCGGAGCCCUCAGGUUUACGCUAGGCUUCGCGGCGAGAUUGAAGCCGAUAAUACCACGGCUGAUGCGGUGAGGUUUGCCUCCGUUUUAUCCCGCUUGUGAUAUCGUUUUGAGAAUGUGGCCAUUGUCGAACAUAGAUUGAUCCAAUUAGAGUAUAAUAUCUAGGAGAACGUAUAACAAUGUUGAACAUAGAUUGAUCUCUGUUCUUUUCUUGUUCCCAUUUGUCAUGUAUCGUCAAUGCAAUUGUAUUCAUUUAAGAUAUCAACAAUUUGGAAGCGUUCCUAUAAAGGUGUAGAAUGGAAGCCAUGUGUGAACAUGUCUACUGGAGUUUUACCUGUGUCAAAUGGUUUCAUAUUUAUUGAGGCAAAUGGAGGCUUGAAUCAGCAGCGGACUUCGAUAUGCAAUGCGGUUGCUGUGGCAGGCUACCUUAAUGCGACCCUUGUAAUUCCCAACUUUCACUAUCACAGCAUAUGGAAAGAUCCGAGUAAAUUUGGGGACAUCUAUGAUGAAGAGUACUUUAUCGAUACCUUAGCAAAUGAUGUGCGGGUGGUCGAUACAGUUCCUGAAUACUUGAUGGAGCGUUUUGACUAUAACUUGACAAAUGUCUACAACUUCAGAGUUAAAGCAUGGGCACCCACCUCCUAUUACCGGGACUCAGUCCUGCCAAAGCUGCUUGAAGAAAAGGUUAUAAGAAUUUCCCCAUUUGCAAAUAGACUUUCGUUUGAUGCUCCUCGAGCUGUCCAGAGAUUUAGAUGUUUGGCGAAUAAUGUAGCCUUGCGAUUUUCAAAACCCAUACUGACCCAAGGAGAAACAUUGGUGAACAAAAUGAAGGGUCUUAGUGCAAACAACGCCGGGAAAUACGUUUCUGUGCAUCUUCGUUUUGAAGAGGAUAUGGUUGCGUUCUCUUGUUGUGUAUUUGAUGGUGGAGACCAAGAAAAACAAGACAUGAUUGCCGCUAGAGAACGAGGAUGGAAAGGGAAGUUCACAAAACCGGGCCGUGUGAUACGACCAGGAGCUAACAGGCUCAAUGGGAAAUGCCCUUUAACUCCUUUAGAGGUCGGUUUGAUGCUUAGAGGAAUGGGCUUCAACAAAAGUACAUAUAUAUUCCUUGCCGCUGGCCCGAUAUAUAGCGCAAAUAGAACUAUGGCCCCACUACUCGAGAUGUUCCCUAAUCUACAGACAAAGGAGAUGCUUGCUUCUGAGGAAGACCUGGCUCCUUUUAAGAACUUCUCCUCGAGAAUGGCUGCAAUAGAUUACACGGUGUGUCUCCACAGUGAGGUAUUUGUGACAACACAAGGUGGAAACUUCCCUCAUUUCCUCAUGGGGCAUCGGAGGUAUUUGUUUGGAGGACAUUCAAAGACGAUUCAGCCAGACAAGCGAAAGUUAGCCGUACUCUUUGACAAUCCCAAGUUGGGAUGGAAAAGUUUUAAACGGCAAAUGCUAAGUAUGAGGUCCCAUAGUGACUCCAAGGGGUUUGAGCUGAAACGAUCAAGUGACUCCAUUUACAUAUUCCCUUGUCCUGAUUGUAUGUGCCGGAAGAACAAAACAACAGCAUCAGCCACCUGACACAUUCUUUUACUGGAUUCUUCUUGUGCAUUCUUUUAUUUACAUGUGUUGCUAAUUCUUUCAAUUCUUUGGCCACAUCCGCAUCCAAACAGAGCGAGAGCGAGACAGAGAGGACUUCCCAAGCAUUCUUCUUGGGGGAGAUUUUUUAACACAUUGAAGCUGAUGUAUCUAACACGAGAAACUGAGAUUAGUUCCCACGUUUGUUUCUGGGCGGAGAGGAUAGCAUUUGGAUGUUCAUUUGUGUUUUGCAGUUUGAAAAGUUUUUUGAGUUUUGUAUAGUUGGUGGUCUAGUGUUGGGUUUGCCCAUAAAUAAAUGUAGAUCAUAGGGGAGAAGAGAGCUGCCAAAAAAAUUUGUACAUUGAUUGGUUCCUUUUUGGUUUAAUCUUGUUUACAUUUCAUUUUAAAUAUUAUCUUUCUUAUGGUUCUUCCAAGUGAAUGUG